AUGUCGUAUCCGACCCCUCCAGGUCUCAAUACUUCUCAACCUCCGGCCUCACUCCCUGCGCGACCGCCGCCCUCUGCAAUCGGCCCCUCACCAGCCUUCAAACCAUCCUCGAGCGCCGCCACUGCGAAGCCGGCCUUCACGGCAUUCGCUCCAAGGUCGAUAGCGAAUUCAUAUCGCACCAGCAGUCCAGCUCAUUAUGCUGCCACACCCGUAACGACCUACAGUCCGGCUGCACAGUAUCCGCAACCCACAUCACUUCCUCAAUAUGAUGCAACGUACUCGAGCGCUCCUCAGAUCCGCAACCCUUUCGUGCCAACGCCAGAGGCGUCUUCCUCGGCGAACCCAUAUUCAGGCUUCGAUGCCGACUACGAGGCUCAGGUCCAACAAUGGCAAAGCGCAUACGUGAGCAGAGAUGCGAGUACCACGUCCACACCCAAACCGACCGGGGGAGCCCCUCCAAACACAAACCCAGUAACGAAUACGUCACAUAAAGAGCCCACAACUCAGCAAAAAGACGAUGUCGCUAAAACAGUCUACCGUUCCGGUGGCGGUACAAGCUGGACUGAUCCGACUCUCCUGGAGUGGGAUCCGGCACAUUUCCGUAUCUUCGUUGGCAAUCUCGCGGGCGAAGUAACCGAUGACUCGCUCUUAAAAGCAUUUGCACAAUAUCCCUCUGUCCAGAAAGCUCGCGUGAUCCGAGACAAACGCACUACCAAAUCCAAGGGGUAUGGGUUCGUGAGUUUCGCUGAUGGCGACGAUUACUUCCGAGCUGCAAGAGAUAUGAAUGGGAAGUAUGUUGGCAGCCAUCCGAUUGUGGUGAAAAAAGCUGUGACGGACGUACGACCCACAAACUCGAAGCAUUCCGGCCACAAGGGCAAAGGUGGUGCGGGUGGGCAUGGAAAGGUCGAGCAUGGUGGUGUGCAAAAGAAACAACCCAAGACAAAGGGUGGACUGAAGGUUCUUGGAUAA